AGAGAGGAAGCAAGCGAGAAGGUCCAAGCCGCGGAGAGACGCCUAGCACAGAUCCUUCUCCUCUCCCGUUCUCUCUCCUCGACGCUUCCGACGCGGCAAAGCAAAUAAAGGGAGGAGAGAGAAAGAGGAAGGAGGAGGAGCCCGAAAUCCCAAGCCUAACCCCGAAUCCUGGUCUAAUCCCUCAAUCGGCCUUGCGUUUGUUCGGGUUGGAGGAUUCGGGGGCGCAGCCAUGAACGAGAAGGCGUCCGUCUCCAAGGAGCUCAACGCCAAGCACAAGAAGAUAUUGGAGUGUCUUCUUCGGCUGACCGAGAACAGAGAAUGUGCAGACUGCAAGUCAAAGGGUCCUCGAUGGGCAAGUGUGAACCUAGGGAUCUUUAUAUGCAUGACAUGUUCCGGGAUUCAUAGAAGCCUUGGGGUACACAUAUCUAAGGUGAGAUCUGCUACCCUGGAUACAUGGUUGCCAGAGCAAGUUGCAUUCAUUCAAUCAAUGGGAAAUGAAAAGGCAAAUAGCUAUUGGGAAGCGGAAUUGCCCCCUAACUAUGAUAGGGUUGGGAUAGAAAACUUCAUACGUGCGAAGUAUGAGGACAAGAGAUGGAUACCGAGGAAUGGAACAUCACGACUGUCCUCGGGUGCCCGAGAUGAGAAGAACUUAGAGCCUCAGGCUAGUGCUACCAGGAGUGGACAUGGUCAAAGAUCUUCAUUUGAGCAACACCGUGCUUCACUAGCUGCUACGAGUAAAAUUGCUCCUGUCGCUUCUAUGAUGCCCACCCAGGCAUCACCUCAGCCAAAAGUAGAACCACCAGUUCCCAAAGUUGCUUCACCUCCUCAGCCAGAGAAAUCACCUGCUCAAGUUGAUGCAACACGCCCUAAAGUUCAAAAGCCAUCGGUUGCGCCACCUCCUAAAGUUGAUUAUGCUACUGAUCUUUUUAACAUGUUAACAAUGGACGGAACAACCGAAAAAGAAUCAGAGCUAUCUUCAAACGAUGAUAGUGCCUGGGAUGGCUUCCAAUCUGCAGCACCAGUACCUAGCUCAGAGAAAAAGGAUUCUGCAAAACCAGCAGAAAGUAAACCCCAGUCUACAUCAGGAAUAGAAGAUUUAUUUAAAGACUCGCCAUCUGUAUCAGUAUCCUCAGCUCCAGCUGUUUCCCAAGUAAAUGUGAAGAAUGAUAUCAUGAGUUUGUUUGAGAAGUCCAAUAUGGUAUCACCAUUCGCUGUCCACCAGCAGCAGCUCGCGUUUAUGUCCCAGCAGCAAGCUCUUCUUAUGGCUGCUCUUAAAUCUGGAAAUGCCCCCCAAAUGAUUUCGGGGAAUGCCAAUCUGUUGAAUGCUAACGGUUCUAAUGCCCCUCAUGGAAACUUACCUACCCAAAGCUGGCCAAAUCUUGGUUAUCAAAUCCCCGGGUCAACUCCAGCAGCACAGAAUGGUGCCACCAAGGUUGGGAACAACAAUCAAGAAUACUCCUCUGGGAACUUCGGUUUUGGUACACCUGGGGUGUACAACAUUAGUUCAGCUGUCCCAGCCAAUGGGGCCACGGCUGCAGGUGCUAACAAGAGCACAGCAUCCCCUGCCUCUUCCACCCUCCCCUCUCAAUCAGGCAAAGAUUUCGAUUUCUCCUCGUUAACUCAAGGAAUGUUCUCCAAAAGAUGAACGCCCUUGCCAUACCUGGAAGUUGAACAACAGGCCUCUGUAUGAUGAUGAACACGACAGAUUGAUUUAGGGAGGACACUAGGGCCUUGUACACACUUCAAUUGAGGCAGCUUUUCUUCUGGUGGAUACAUAGUUACAUGACUUUGUAGCUGUCCCGGACAAAUAAAAGGGGCAAUAUGGCAUUAAUCUUGCUCAUGUUGUUUCCUACAAUUUUAGAGUUUCUUGUCAGUGAUGCCAACCCCUUCAAAAAGAGGAUUACGCUUUGUCAGUUAUAAGAGUAUAAUGCAACCUUUUCAUUCUCUUGGUUGUGAUGCAAUACGUGAUACCGACUAUUUUGUAUUGUACAAUAACAAUUGGAUUUUAUUGUUUCUACA